GGACAAUAAAAUUUUUCCCCUAAAAACGUUUUAAAUAAUAUGAAAUUUAGGCACCUGGGCCUCGAUUCCCUAUAUGGAAUUUAGAACCUUAUUUGGGGAUAAAUUAAAAUUUGACACACCCAAAGUAAAAUCCAGCCGAAUCCUUUAAACAUCCAAAAUGUGUGUAACUGAAAUGAAUUUUGAUGAAUGAUGAAAUAUGGUUCUUCCUCUCCUUCUCGACCUCUCUCUUCUUCUCUAUUGUCUUCUUCAUUCCUCCUCCUGCUUCUCUUCUAAAUUCUUUACUGAAUCCCUAAUUCUUCCUUUCUAAUCUCCAUUUCUGGUUUGGUUGCAGUCAAUUGGUAUCAGAGCUUCUCUUCUCUUGAUCUGUGGUACCAAUUUCAUCAAAAUCCCAAAAUUCCAUUUCUAUCGCCUCUGUCUAUCCUGUAAACCCUACAAACCCGAAUCAAGAUUCAUCAGUAUAGAAGCCAUGGCUGAAGAUACAGAUUUUCAAGAACUAUAAAGAGAGUUUUCUGAAUUCCAGAGAAAACAUGAUGCUGAUUUUGCAAAUUUGGAGGAGAGGUUGUCAUCCAUGGAGAAUGCUCUAAGGACAGCCAUAAGGAAUGCUCUGAGGGAUGGGUUUUUCAUGAUACAAGCAAUUAAUGACGGAUGGAACUCACCGGCACUGGAGGUCUGCCAAACAUUCCAAACCCAGAUUCAUACAACUCAGGGCCAGAUUCAUGAUCAAGAUUGCAAUGUAAGGGAUUCUGGUACUUUUAAUUCCGUAUCUGAUCUUGAAUGCAUGACUGUAAUUGGAGAAAUUGAGUUGCCUUUGGUAUCCACGCCGGUUCCUAUUACCUAAAAUUUGUGGUUUUCGUGUUUUGGUUACUAUGAUGAACAUUCCAUGAGUUGGGUGUUUAGAAAUUGAGAUUAAAAGGUACAUCACUCUUGAGUUUGAAAAAUUUUAAAGCGUUCAAACCUCCAAUGUUGAUUUUGUUGAUUAAUUUGACCAUAAGGCAACGGGAAGCCUAAAGCUACAGGGUUGAAAUUUGGGGAUUGUAUUGAUAUUUAAUUACUGAUGCUUUAGGGACGUUAAGUGGUCCCUAUUUUUCCAAUAUAAUUAAUCUCUUAGUUUCUUUCUUCGUGAAACUGCCGCUUUCUCGGAUUCUUCCUUCCAAGUUUCAACCAAACUCUUUGUCUUGGCUCUUGAUCGCUCUCUUCCUCUGCCUGACUCUCAGAUUUAUACUCACAUAGAUAGUGCUGUAUUGCAUACUUAUUGUUCAGGUUUUGAUCCUUUUACGCAGAGUUAGUUUCUUUCUUUCUUCUUCUUCUUCUUCUCUUGUUAAUUGUUUGAUUUUAUUUUUGUCUUCCUAUUGCAACAAUUCCUUAAAUGAGUUUAGAGUUUUUUACGAGGUGUUUAGGUUCAGAUUAAGUGUCUUCCUUUACUGGGUAAUUAAAAUUUGGUCUUUGU